CCUUGAUUGCCCAUGCUGGAGUGCAGUCAUUAUUUGGAGGAGGACCUGCUGAGUCGAUGGCAAUUUCACGCUGAAUCCAAUGUUCCCCGGAUGACCACUGAUCGAUCUGCCUCAUGAAAUUAGUUGGAAACUUCUCCAGUCUUCCUCUUUAAAAAAUGACCCACCAUGAUUAAUGUUUUACAAGCUAAAUACUGUCGAAACGAAGCAUGAAUUGGAUCUGAUUGAAUUUUUCUGAACCUCACUGAACGUAAUAAUUAACGACACGUGAUCGCGUACCUCCCUCAGCCCAUUCCGCGCAAAUCUUUCCGGCCUUCCUGGCACGACGAUGGCCCAGCGACGGAAUCAAGCUCGACACUCAGUGAUGAGAAAGCAAGACUCGCUUCCCCAGGUUGGAGACGACUUCGACUUUGGAUCGCAGCAGUCGAACGGGAGCGAUGAUCAAGCCCUCCAGCUCGCUGUUGCCCAGAAGUUACUUGUCACCAAAGAGAAGAAGAGGAAAGAAACAGAGAAGAAGUUUCUGCAGGCUGCGAAGAAUAAGCUCUCUUCCGAGAUAUCGUCCGCCGCGGCAGUCGUGAAGAACGCGGUAGAAGAAUCCGAGAAGGUCUACGCCAAGUUUGUGCUCGACUACGCCAGCUCCGAAGACUCGAUCCGAGCGCUGUGGACCGAAAUCAGAGUUGAACAGCAAAAACUCGUCGAGCUUGCACGGAAACAGCGUGCCGCGAGUGACGCGCUGCGCUCGACAACGGAGAAGGCUCAAAUUGAAGGGAUGGCCCAGGUGAAAGAAGCUUGCGAGGAAACUCGGGCCGUCAUCAGCACCAUCCUGCCUUUCAACUGAAUCUCUGUUCUGUGCUUUCACCUGCUGUAGUCUCCGUCCACCGCAAUUUGCCCCCGAAUCAGCCCUGAUUUCUGUAUCUUCCGAUUUCGCUGUAUCGCCGUCACUUGUGUAGCUCUAACAACGUCCACCAAUGCUUGGCUCUAGUAGAAGCUUGUCAAGUUGAAUCAAAUUUGUGCUUCUCGAUGGUCCGCUAGAUGUCCCUAAACUGGAUUGCUUAGCCCGUAUCGCAAUAUCACCCCAGAGAGGAUUGAGAGUAUAGGUCGGACGUCGCGGUGAUCAGUCCUGUUAGUGCAUAGUGAUAUGCCCGAAAGCGCUGUGUCCGGAGGUAAUCCGUUGCUCGCAACAGCUUGCAUUACGACUCUAAGAAGGCCGUGGCAUCGGCGCACUGCCCGCAGCGUUGCAUGGGCUGUGCAUCAGCAAUCACGCACAUGAGUAUCUUCUCGGUGUGGCUGUGCGAAUCUCCCUCAAAAACACGGAGACCCGGACAGC